GUGAAAGCAGUCUACGGCCACACCAACAAAUGUAAACAAACAAAAUUACCUGUUACCCGUUCGAUCGUUGUACACUUCUUGUUAAACCAUUAGGCCAUUAAUUGCUAAGGAGCAAUUAAAGACAUGUGCAAUAACCAAUCACUCAAAGUUAGUCCAAGUAUUUAGUGACAAUCGCUAGAACAACGAGCAUCUGGCGACAUAACAUUGGCGACACAACACACAUUCCAAUGCACUUUCUCCCGAAGAAAACCCGUCGAGCGGCUUAUUUGACAUCCAUUCCGAUAUCAAUACAGCAAUAGCGAGCAAUAGAGAGAAAUAGAGGCCACAUAGAGACCGCUCUGAGGAGGCAACAACAACAAAAAGUUGAUUGCCAUCGUCGCGGCGGUUUUAUUGGGCAUUAUAGCCCCAGUCACAUCUGGCCCGCUCUCGAGUUAGCCACGUUCUUUUGCCCGAACGAGCGCUCAAGAAUUUUGGAAUUCGUAUGUAAUUUGCAUAUAGCAAACCGCUGAUAUAUGCACUGAUUCGGAGCACUGGGCGGAGCAUGUUCAUCGAACUGAGUCACUUGGUUAUUCUCUGCUAAAAGAUGACUUCGAUUGUGGAGAAAGUGCGUCGCGUUUUGGAUGGCAAAGAUCUGGGCGAAAUCACCACGGAGCUGUGCGACUUCUCAUUAAAGGAGCAGAAUGCCACCGCCGAGGCUCAGGGUGUACAGCCCUCGUCGGCUUCCGAUUUUGUGCCCAUUCUUGGCAAGACCGUGACCUAUAUUGUCGCCUGUGUGCUGAUCAACGAGCACGACGAGCUGCUCAUGAUCGAGGAGGCCAAGCAGAGCUGUGCAGGCAAGUGGUACUUACCAGCCGGACGUAUGGAGCGAGGAGAGUCCAUCACGGAGGCAGCCGCCAGGGAGGUGUUUGAGGAAACCGGCCUGAACGCUGAGCUAACCACCUUGCUGGCUGUGGAAGCGGCCGGCGGGUCGUGGUUCCGCUUUGUGCUCACUGGCCGCAUCACUGGCGGUCGUCUGAAAACGCCGGCCGACGCCGAUGCCGAGUCCAUUCAGGCACGCUGGGUGCGCACUCCCAAGGAGAUGCCUCUGCGAUCCAGUGACAUACUCAACAUAAUCGAAAUAGGCAGGGCUUACUACAAUGGCCAGAAGAUUCCGAGCAGCUCCUCCCUCUGGCACAACAAGAUCCUGCCCACCCGCUGUACCCACACAAGGAACUAUUUACGAGUAUUGGCCGUGGCGCGGAAGAGGUCCCACAACUCGCUGAACGUGCUGGUGAGCGAGAAGAACUCCCAUCACUUCCCCACGGUGGAACUGCAUCCGAAUCGCAGCCUGCACUCGACGCUGCGCAAGUUCAUGAUUGAAAUUUUCGGCGCCGAACUGCCGCAGCACCGGCCCCACGGAUUGCUGAGUGUCGAGCACUCGCCGACCGAGCAGGGAAACACGGACGGGAUCUGCCUGAAUCUGCUAGUGGCCUUCCGGCCGCCUCUCGAAGAAAUCUCCCUGAUUGGAAAGUGCAUUUGGCAGGAGCUGGGAGCACCGCUCGACGAAACCCUCGGCCGCAUUGUGAGCAGCAAGCACGCCUCCAUUCCCCUCAACGUAGUGCGCUGAGUGUCUUAGCUUAAGCAUUUAGUAAUACGCCCUAAUCUAUGGUGCAAGCAGUCUAUUCACAAUUAGUUGCAAUUAAAUAUGAUCCAGAGUGAUGUAAUGCAAUCGUGUAUACCUUUUCGGAUAUUGGAAACGCUCUGAGCGAAAGACUUGGACUAAUUUAUUUGAAUCUGUCCCAGGUGGCAA